UGGAUGCAGAAUUAAAGAGGAACAGUGUCUCAUCCUGACUUCAGCUCUGAAAUCAAACCCAUCACACCUGAGAGAACUGAACCUGAGCUGGAAUAAACUAGGAGACUCUGGAGUGAAAAACCUCAGUGAUCUACUGAUGAACACACAAUGCAAGCUGGAGAAACUACAUCUGUGUGGAUGCAGAAUUACAGAGGAACAGAGUCUGAUCCUGACUUCAGCUCUAAAAUCAAACCCAUCACACCUGAGAAACCUGAACCUGAGCAGGAAUACACUAGGUCACUCUGGAUUUGAAAACCUCAGUGAUCUACUGAUGAACCCACAAUUCAAGCUGGAGAAACUAGAUCUGUGGAGAUGCAAUAUUACAGAGAAAUGGUGUCUCAUCUUGACUUCAGCUCUGAAAUCAAACCCAUCGCAUCUGAGAGAACUGAACCUCAGUGGGAAUAAAAUAAAAAACACACAAGUGAAUCGCUUAUGUGGCAUAUUAAAGGAUUCACACUGUAAACUGGAGAGAUUGGGAUUAAGUGACUGUGAAAUGACAGAUGAAGGUUGUUCUUCUGUAACUUCAGCUCUGAAAUCAAACCCAUCACACCUGAGAGAACUGAACCUGAGUGGGAAUGAACUAGGAGACACUGGAGUGAAAAACCUCUGUGAUCUACUGAUGAACACACAAUUCAAGCUGGAGAAACUAGAUCUGUGGAGAUGCAGUAUUACAGAGAAACAGUGUCUCAUCCUGACUUCAGCUCUGAAAUCAAACCCAUCACACCUGAGAGAACUGAACCUGAGUGAGAAUAAACUAGGAGACUCUGGAGUGAAAAACCUCAGUGAUCUACUGAUGAACACACAAUUCAAGAUGGAGAAACUAAAUCUGUGGAGAUGCAGUAUUACAGAGGAGCAGUGUUUCAUCCUGACUUCAGCUCUGAAAUCAAACCCAUCACACCUAAGAGAACUGGACCUCAGCGGGAAUGAACUAGGAGACUCUGGAGUGAAAAACCUCAGUGAUCUACUGAUGAACACACAAUUCAAGCUGGAGAAACUAGAUCUGUAUAGAUGCAGAAUUACAGAGAAACAGUGUCUCAUCCUGACUUCAACUCUGAAAUCAAACCCAUCACACCUGAGAGAACUGAACCUCAGUGGAAAUCAACUAGGAAACUCUGGAGUGAAAAACCUCAGUGAUCUACUGAUGAACCCACAAUGCAAAAUGAAGAAAUUAAAUCUGUGUUUAUGCAGUAUUACAGAGAAACAGUGUCUCAUUCUGACUUCAGCUCUGAAAUCAAACCCAUCACACCUGAGAGAACUGAACCUGAGCUGGAAUCAAAUAAAAAACACAGGAGUGAAUCACUUAUGUGACGUACUGAAGGAUUCACACUGUAAACUGGAGAGAUUGAGUCUUUAUAAGUGUGGCAUUACAGAUGUUUCUUCUUUAACUCAGUCUUUGACAAACACAAAAGCACUGCAGUUUCUAAAAGAGCUUGAUUUGAGAAACAAUAUGAUUGGAGACUCAAAGCAGCAGCUCAUUGAUGUGCUACGAGACUCAAACUGUACCCUGAGUGUAGAUUGAACUCUGUCAGGCACUUCUGCUGAUGGAUCUCUAUCAGAAGAUAUGCCUGAAGUUUAAUCACCAAAAGAUGAUAAAUGCUGUAUAUCAUAAUUUGAAGUGGUCUUGAGAGGAGCAGUAAACAUCAGGUGAGGAUCCACAGAAGAGCUUCACUACUGUGUCUAUGAGGAGAAAGAAAUGUGUGAUAAAUGUGUGAAUGUGAUCCAUACAGGUGAAGAGACUCAGACUUUACAAUCAAAUAAUGCAGCAUGUGUGUUAGAAACAUGUGAUAUUGAAUGAUUAACGUUGCUUUAGUAUUCAAGUGAUCAUUUUGUUUAAUUUAAAGCUGGAACAGAAGAGGAAGAAGCUCAGAUGAGUCUGUCUGGCUCUUCAGUUUAAUACUAUUUGCAUUAAACUCAUCCAUAAUGAUUCAGAUCUUUAAAUGUGAUUGUCAAGUGAAGCACUUAAAUGUAUCAAAAGAUCUAAAGCAAAUCUACUAUGUGAAAUUUCCAUGUUACUUAAAACAUUUACCUGAUCUCUCUUACUUUUUAUACACAUUGUUAUUCUAUUUAAUUUUAUAUUAAGUUAAAUAUGUGUCUGUGUUUGACCGAUUAAUUGAUUAAAACAAGAGUUUUCACACACAGUGAGUUUGCGCUGAACUGACAGCUUCAGUGUCUCAGUUUGAAGAAAAGUUUGUUUUUAAUGAAACUUUGUGACUUUUCCUGACAGAAAUAUAUGACAGGAAUAUAUUUUUAAAUGUUAUUAUGAUUUCAAUAUUCUUGUCUAUGGUGGAAGUUUAAUGUUUUUUUUUAGAUUUUAAAAUUAAAGUUUUUGUUUACUUUUGUUUACAAAUUUACUUUUAGUUUCACAAAUGAGGACAAUCUUUGAAGAAUGAACAA